ACAAGAAUGGAAACCCUGUUCAGGCAGUUGUCACUUCACUUGUCAAAAGAAGUCAAAAUAAAAAUGGUUUCUUGGAGUGCAUUAGGCCGAUCCUGUGGGAUCAAUCUUUUAAAAAACCAUAUCAAAACUCCGUUCAUUGCACAAAAUGUGGCCUUUUCUACCACCAAGAACGUUGGGGCUUCCCAUCACAAAACAUUUGCAUUGCAGCCAUCCAGAUGGCAAUAUCACAAGUUCAAGGAUAUGCUGCACUUCUAUGCCAUGCUAGGAUUGAUUCCCGUGGGCAUGAUCAUAUUUUACUGCAAUGUGUUCAUCGGUCCUGCUCAACUGACAAAGAUCCCAGACAACUACACACCCAAACAUUGGGAGUACCACCGCCACCCAAUUACCAGAUUUAUCGCUCGGUAUAUCCACAACAGCCCUCAGCAGGAAUAUGAAAAAUUCAUGCACUUCCUCGAUGAAGAGUCCCAGAAAAUUAAAUUGCGUGCCUUGGAAAAGGAGAUUGUCAAGAAAAUGGCCGAGCGCCAGGAUUACCAGGCCUACUACUACAGGCCUCUUGUCAAUAAGUACAUGCGCAUUGAAAGGAAGACCGGGGAAGAAAUGCAGGAACGUGCUGGUGACAAUUUCCAUGAAUGAACACCACCAAUAAAGCUGCUAGUGUAAUAGUAAUCAAGUGAAUUGUUAUAUUUCAAUGUAGAUAAUAAACAUUUUGAUCGUU